AUGGAUAGAGUAGUGUGGAAUUUCAAGAGAUUCAGAUCAUUAUUGAUUGUGGGUUCCAUAGCCUUCCCUAUUUUAGUCACUGUUACUCUCAUACCCAAAAACUCAAUUUUUGAGGGAUUUUCCAAUAUUAACGCGUUGUCUGGAAGUGCCCAGAAUGAGAAUGAGAAUUCUUCUGCUAAUGUCUUAAAUCAAGGUGCUCAAAAUGCUACAGUUCAAGCUGGGGUAGAAAAUGAUCAUGUUAUCAGAGAGCCUGUUGUAGAUAAGAUGUUGGGUGACAAGGAUCAAAAUGGGACAUCUGGGAUCUUAGAAGAACGAGCUCAGACACAAGCAAUAUCAGAUACUGGUCCAAAGAAUCAAUCAUUUGAAGAUUUGAAGAAUGAUUCAUCCCUAUCUACUACGGCCAUCUCUAAUGACAAACUCCUUGAUGGACUUUUAGUUUCCACGUUUGAUAAAGCAUCGUGCUUAAGUAGAUAUCAAUCUCACUUGUACCGCAAAGCUUCCCCUCAUAAACCUUCCAAAUAUUUGAUAUCCAAGUUACGAAACUAUGAACAUAUUCAUAGAAGUUGUGGACCUCAUACCAAAUCCUACAACAAAAUCAUGACAAAGGGCACACAAUUUAGGAAAAUUGAUGCCGGUACGAAGUGCAAAUACCUUGUCUGGACUGCUUCUAAUGGCUUAGGGAACAGAAUGGUAACCUUGGCUGCAGCAUUUCUUUAUGCUAUCCUCACAGACCGUGUUCUACUAGUCAGAUUUGGGACUGACAUGUUUGGCCUAUUUUGUGAGCCAUUUCCUAAUUCCUCUUGGUUAUUGCCCAGGAAUUUUCCUUAUUGGAAAAAUCAGAAACAUAUUGAGACAUUUGAAAGCAUGCUAAUGAAUAACAAGGCAAACAGUUCACAGGACCUUUUGCCAACAUUUCUUAUACUUAAUCUACAGCACAGCCAUGAUGGUCGUUAUAACUUUUUCCAUUGUGAUCAAAGUCAAGAUCUUCUCCAGAAAAUUCCUGUGCUGAUUUUGCGGUCAGAUCAAUAUUUUGUCCCUUCUCUUUUUAUGAUUCCAUUAUUUAGGCAAGAUUUAAGCGAAAUAUUCCCUGAGAAAGACACUGUUUUUCACCAUCUGGGACGUUACCUUUUUCACCCAUCAAAUGAGGCAUGGGAACUAAUUAGCAAAUUUUAUGAGGCGCACUUAGCGAAGGCAAAUGAGAGGAUUGGCCUGCAGAUUAGAAUAUUUAAUACUCAUCGAUCACCACACCAAACCAUUAUCAAUGAAAUUAUAGCCUGCACCCUUAAGCAUAAGUUGCUUCCUGAAUUAGACAUGCAAAAGCCUGCAACUUCUCCUUUGAAGCAAGAGACCUCAAAAGCUGUUCUAGUAGCAUCUUUAUACUCAGAAUAUGGUGAGAAGUUGAGGACUAUGUAUAUGGCAAACACAACUGUGACCAGGGAAGUAAUAAGAUUUUAUCAGCCAAGUCAUGAAGAGCGCCAAAAGUCGAAUAAUGACAUGCACAACAUUAAGGCAUGGACUGAAAUAUAUUUGCUGAGUUUGUGUGAUGCAUUGAUUACAAGCCCCAAGUCUACAUUUGGGUAUGUUGCUCAAAGUCUUGGAGGUUUGAAGCCAUGGAUUUUGAAGAGGGCAUAUGGGGAUACCAUCCCAAAUCCACCUUGUCAACGAGCCAAGUCCAUGGAGCCUUGUUUCCAUUAUCCUCCUAAGUAUGGAUGUAGGGCCAAUAGCACAAUUGAUUUUACUUCCCUUUUUCAUCAUAUGAAGCAUUGUGAAGAUGUAAAUAGUGGAUUGAGGCUGGUUAAUUAA